AUCAGAUCGAUCAAGGCGGUCUCCGAUUCGACACAGACUCGCCAGCCCCGCCACAUGCUUUUGUUGCCGUUCCAUUUGUCCGUUCAGUCUCCCUACGGGAGGGAGGGAGGUACAGAGCACGAGCUCUCUCUCGACAGAUCAACAGUAGAGGUUUGAACCCACGGCACAAUGCUACAGCGGACUGCCUUGUCUCCUUGAUGACUGGUAUUGGAUUCAUCGCUUGAGAAGCUAACCGACAAGCGCGCUUUGGUAUAUCGGAGUACGUCGCUGUAGGAGCCAUGGAAAGAAGGCCGCGCCGCUGUCUGGUCUUCCCCGUCGUCCUGAUCACCGUACUGCUGACCUUCUGUCGUCGGGGGCAGGCGGAGCAGUGCCCGGGGAGGAUCGCAGUCCUGAACGGUGAUGCCCAGGUUAUUCUGGCGGGGUUGUUCGACAUGCAUCGGGCGGACCCAGAGGGCCGAGCGGGCCCGUGUAGCGAGCUGUCGCCCGAGGGCGUGGAGAGCCUCGAGGCCAUGCUGUUCGCUGUCGAGAACGUGAACGCCGGCGGUCUCGUUCCAGGAGUUACCUUUGGAGUGCAAGGUUACGACACUUGUGGCAGAGCGGACAUUGCCGUAAAACGGUGCGUGGACUUCCUGUCGUCUGUCGGCAUGGACAACAUUGAUCCUGACGACUGCGAGAGCAAGGAGAGGAUAGUGCUCGGUGUUGUGGGUCCCAACCUGGACAGGGAGGCUGCGGAGGUGGCGCGCGUUCUCCGCGCAGUGCGGCUGCCUCAGAUCAGCCCCUCCGGAUCCAGGCUGUCGGCGUUCGAGAGGGACGGGCACUCCUUCUUCCUGCAGUCGGCGCCAUCGGCGGGUUCAGCCGCACAGGGCGUACUGGAGCUGGUGAAGAAGUUGGGUUGGACGUACGUGUCCCUGGUGUCGUCUGACGACAGUUUCGGUAACCAGGGUUCCCGGGCCUUCCGUACCGCGGCGGAAGAAGUCGGUGUCUGUAUCGCCGUCUCCCAGCGGGUUCAGAACGACUCCACGGAAAACUUACGACGCACCUUCGACGAAAAAGUGAUUGACCGCCUGCUGAAUAAAGCCGAAGACGGCGCAAGGGGCGUCGUUGUCUUCGCUACAGAGAACGUGCUGGAUGCGUUGUUUUACGCGGCGGCGAGGAAGGGAGCGCGGCGGUUGCAGUGGAUCGUCACGGGAACGCCACCGGAAAAGAUUCGCGCCGCGGAGUUGUUCUCAGCCGCUCGGGGGCUCAUCGUGGUGUCCCCGUCCCCGGACAUAGCGCAGAUCGAUGUGUUCAAGCACAGCUUCGUGAACUUAGACCCGUACAGCAGACAGGAGAACCCGUGGUUCCAGGAGUACUUCAUGGAGACCAACCAGUGCGCGCUGGACAUGUUCUCUGACGAGUUAAGGUUCACGAAGUUCUCGGGCUACGAUCUCUGCGACAGGAAUUCCAAACGGGUGAUGGAAAACACGCUAAAAUCUAGAGACACGGCCACUCUAGACCACAUAUCCUUCACCAUAGACGCCGUCUAUGCCUACGCCUUUGCGCUGAAGAAAGCACACGAGAAACGCUGCGGAGGGACGCCAGGGAUUUGUGAAGAACUACUCGAGUUUUCACAGAGGAAGAUGUUCCAGUUCCUGAAAGCGGUGAACUUUACGAACUUGGGUGGGAAGAAAAUUCAGUUCGACGGUCUCGGCAGCGCGAUCGGAAAGUUCAGUAUAUUCAACUACAGACCGACUGACAUGUCCAACAUCAGGGCAAGCACAUUCCAAUUCGACGUGGUGGGCACCUAUAUGGAUGACCGACUGGACCUGUCCGGAGACGUAUCAGACUUGUUCAUGAACACAGAUGACGGCCAGCCCGUGAUCUCAGCGUGCGAGGAGUCCUGUCAGGGCUGCCAGGUGCAGUCCAAAAACGCUAAGAACGACACCACCACGGACGGCUACGCCAAACCGGAGAAAGCCAAAAUGGUCAUCCCAGCCCUCAUCCCCAUCCACGAGAGAGGACCGACUCCCUUCACUUGUGGAACCAUCGACGAAGGCGGCGUGACACAGGCGGAAGCGUUUUUGUACGCCUUGAACAAGAUCAACAAAGACGGAGCUAUCUUGCCGUCUGUUAAGCUGGAAGCGGUGAUCAUAGACACGUGUCAGAGCCCGUUGAAGGCCGCGAGAGACGUGGCGAACUAUCACAGCAGUAGAGACGGGAUGUCCGACCCCAUGGUCGGGUACGUCAGCGGCGGGAGUCCCGACAUCGUCGGCGACGUCGGGAACGUGUUGGACCAGUUUCAGAUCCCGCUGAUCAGCACGGGACCUGUGGACAACAUGGGGAAGUACAACGUGUUGAGCAUGUCUCCCGCGGAGGACACUCAGAUUAAGGGACUGGUUAGCGUGUUAGACAAGCUGGGAUGGGCGUAUGUUUCCGUGGUUGCGUCCGACCAGCACUACUGGAGAAAGAAAGCCAAAGUCUUCGAAGAAAUGGCGAACAAGUUCGGCAUCUGCAUCGCGGAGUUCUUGAUCCUGUCCCGCGGGAGCUCACUCGCACAGUUCGACUACGCGGUCAAAGUUCUCGCCAAGAGAGCCGGCGCGCGAGCUGUCAUCGUCUUCACGGAUCGGGACCAUACAUGGGAGGUCGUUCGCGCCGCCAAGCGACUGAACCUCGCCGGAGACUUCGUCUGGGUCGGCGGCAGGUCCAUAGAAGACCUCGCGUCGCGCUGGACGGAGUCCGGCAUUCGAAACGCCAUCGUGGUCACACCGCAAAAGGUGCAGACCCCCGGUUUUCAAUCUCACUACGAGAACCUGAACCCUAAAAACAACCGGAAGAACCCCUGGUUUAAAGAAUUCUGGGAAAGCCGCUUUCAGUGCUUCGUCGAUGACGCAAUAUAUUGUUUUUUUUUCUGCCUACAGGUCGGAGAAUGGCACCACACACUCAAGCUGCAGCCAGAGGACCUGAAGUUUUACCGCGGCAACGGUAUCCAACUGGCUCAACCAAUCAAAUCCUUCUGCGACCAGGUCUGCCAGGAAUGUUUGACCCAAAACCUGACCGGACGGUUAACCGGAGAGCCACCCGAAGCCAAUCCGUUCGAAAACGUCAAAACGAUGUGGGGCGUGUCCGCCAUGAUCAUUUCAGCUCUUGGUACGGUCCUGGUCCUCGCCAUCUACUUCAAGGCGCAACUACAGAAGCCCUUCCACAACAACAUCGCCUGGUCUCUGGGUCAUAUCCUACUGCUGGGGAUCUUCAUGCUGUAUCUGACGAGCUUCGUCUACGUGCUGGCCCCGACUGCGACCAUCUGCGGGAUUCGGAGGUUCGCGCUCGGGGUGAGCUACGUGGUCUGCCUGUCGGCUCUUCUCUCGCACGCCAUCUACGCCUGGAUCCGCGGCGUGCGAAAGGAAGAGUCGCCGUGCGAACUCGGGAUCGAGAAGAAGAUGCUCCUCCUACUGGUAGCCCUCCUGGUGCUGGUGCAAGUGUUGCUGAACAUGGAGUGGUUGCUGGCUGAUCCUCCCAGCGCCACCAUCCUCACGGAAGGGGAGUCUGCUACCUGGGUGUGCAACGCGCUCACGCACGAUCACCACCUCAUUUCCUUCAUCGUCUCCCUCCUGUACGCGAUGGUCCUCGUCCUCCUCACCACCCUGGCCACCACCAAGGCGUGGCUGGUCAACAGGAGCAGGGACACUCUCUGUGCGUGCGUGGCGGCCAUCUCAGCCAUCCCCAGUUGGCUCCUGUGGCUGGCCAUCUACACCAAAGCCGACAUCCACACGCGGGACAUUGUCAUCUGUUACAGCGCGUCCUUCAACGCGACUCUGUAUCUCAUGGUCAUCUUCCUGCCCAAACUGAAGGUCAUCCAGAGUCACUGCUGCAAGAGCCAGAAGGAGAACGGGGCGGUGGACAUCAGGAGGUACCGGGAGACCCUGUGGAUAUCUGCCAACGGACACGUCAAUGGGUUCGCGCCCAAAGGUACGAGACAAGCAAGAGACACAGACAACAGCGAUUACGACUGCCCAGAUCCUGAGGAUGGGAAACUAUAAACGAGAUUCAUCCUUCAACCCCACACCGCGCCACUACUCACAAGAAAUUUUCAAUACCUGAAAUCUUCCGUUGAAUCAACUGUAUAGAAGCUGCCCUAUUUACCGAAGCCUGGUUGCGUUGAUCUCAGUUUGCCAGUACGUAUUCGCAGUGAAAAUACCGUGUACGGAUGACCGUCUAAUUUCAUAUGCAGUGAACUUGUACAUUAUUUAAGUGGAGCGGUCGCCAAGUGUAUCUUAUGGCCGAGAACUAUGCAUUUAUUGAAAGAGGACAGAGUGACGUCACGAUACGUCAUGAAACGCCCGCCACAGCUUUGAACUCAUUGAUGAGAGGGAACUUUUACCUUGUACAUAGACGAGCCGGGCCGUGGAUAUUUGUGUAUAGUCUUUUGCGGGUGGUUGAGGACUCGUACUUUAUAGAGAUUGUGUUGCUGUGGUUAAGAAGUUGCCGAUGUUUAGAAAAAACAAAAACAAAUACCAGCGUAUUUUGACGUACGACUGCCGUAUAGUCGACUUCGUAGUUUCGAGAAUGUUAGAAAAAACAACUCGAUAUAUGAAGUGUGCAUAGCUGGAGGGUGACUUAAAUAUGGUGGUACCUCAAGGUACCCGGCGGAGAGUUGACGUUGCUUCUCUGGCAGAGGUACUAGUACUAGUAUAUUGCGGGGACAGGCGGUAUAGCACAUCAGUCCCACGGUUGGACUGACACUAAGUCACCCUAUGGUUUUGGUCACAUUUACUCCGGUGCCCGGCCGGGCUCUGAGGCCACAAAUUUGUCCCAGUGUUCUCUCUGAUACCGCGGGGGUACCUCACGGGGUGCUCACUGUUGUUACGGUGUAUAUUUGUUACCGGGUCCGGGGUUGAUUUUAAUUCCGCGGUAGCACGGGUCUACGAAGGGGCCAUGCCAGAAAGUGACAAAAACAGCCCGUGAAAUCUUAAGAGUUAAGGUGGCAUCUCACUGCACUUGGGGCACCGGUGCGGCACUGCGGGGUUCGUUCACUGCGACACUAUUGUGUUAUUUUCGCCAAUAUUUUUAUAAUUUAGAUAUAGCGUAAUAUUUAAAUGUAUAUGGCUUAAAAGAGAACGUAAUACACAAAACGUAAGAAAUAGAAUUCAUUAUUUGUGGGAUUUGAUGAGUAAUCUUUCGAACCCCGCAGUGCCGCACCAGUGCCCCAAGUGCAGUGAGAUACCACCUUCAACUUCACGUGGCCUUGCACAAUCCUGGGGGAAAUCUUCGCAUAUAAGCCGGAGCUGCUUCGCGUGAUAACCGAGAUAACCAAGCUUAUGUGCAAGAUGAAUGGGUUGAACCUGCGUGGAGUUAAAACCACCCCGGGCAGCAAUUACAUCUCGAAGACACGUCUGAAAGUUUCUCUAAUAAUCCGGAAACUGUAGUAAUGAUGCCUUGAGAAGUUUACAAGUCAACUUGAAAUAUUUAACGGCAACUUCUUUCACGGCGAUUUUUGCGUGUUUUGUUGAAUAGAAUUAAACUGUAGAUAUGAGCUAUCAACCGCAGAUAUGCAUAUCUUGUAUUCUUGAACGACAUUGUCGCUGUAGAAAUGUACUGGAUGAAUCGUCACCAUAAACUAAUGAAAGUCCCUAUAAAAAGGACGCCAUGAUGUCAAUCGAAUUAUCUAUAUCUAUACUUGAUUUGAGGAGCAAUCGAAAUAUCUGCAUGUAUAUUUCUUGAGAUGAUGUAUUGGAUUGUUUGCGGUGAGGAUCUUCACAUAAAGAAUUUGUAAAGUC